UAUAAGGGGCCUUUGUUGUACUCAACUGGCGGCGGGGGAAAGGGGCAGAGCGCUGGAGUAGGAUUGCAGUGGAAAUCCCCCAUAAGUAAAUGCAACCAGCCUCAUUUCAUGCCCUACGAGGCAUAAUUUUUCAUCCUGCUGGAGAAUAAUAAAAAUUAUUAUUUGGGGUAAAAAGUAAUGUUGAACAUGGCCUUUGCUUCUUUAGCAAUAGUAGUGGCAGCUAAAAUGGACGUUGUGACUUGUUUAUCGCUGUGAAGCAACCGUAGUAAGAGUCAGGAGAAUAAAGCUGGCCUAUCAGGAAACCCUACAGGGAAGGGUGCGUUGGGAAGUAUGAGAGAAUGCUGCCACACUAGAUAAGACAUAAAAUAACUUAUGAGACUCAGGAAGGUAUUUUGAUCCAGGAUGUGGGCGGAAAGCGGAGCAUGUCACUGCGCAUGCGUUCCCUGCAGUUUGCUCUCUCUGGAGUCUGUCCAACAACAACACUCGCGAGAUUCUAGGACGCAUGUCUCGCGGUGUUUGGUCAACUCCACACCCAGACUGCAAGAACGCUCAAGGAUGGCAGUUUCCGGCGUUUUGUAUAGCACCAAGCAGCUUUGGAGGCCGGCCUUGCUAGGACCUCGUUCGGUACAGGCUCUAACAGAUGUCAAUCGCAGGAAUGUGGCCUCGCAGCAACAGACGAUUCCUCCACCGGCCAAAUAUGGGGGGCGUCAUACAGUGACAAUGAUACCCGGAGAUGGAAUUGGGCCAGAGCUCAUGCUUCAUGUCAAGGAACUGUUCAGGCAUGCCUGUGUGCCAGUGGACUUUGAGGAAGUUCUGGUGGGCUCCGCGGCAUCUGAAGAAGACAUACAGAAUGCCAUGAUGGCCAUCCGGCGUAACCGUGUGGCCCUCAAAGGGAACAUUGAGACGAACCAUAACCUACCGCCGUCCCACAAAUCCCGGAACAAUAUACUACGUACUACCCUGGAUCUCUUUGCGAAUGUGAUCCAUUGCAAGAGUCUUCCGGGGGUGGCAACCCGGCACCGAGACAUCGACAUCCUUAUUGUCCGGGAGAACACGGAGGGAGAAUACAGCAGCCUGGAGCAUGAGAGUGUCUCUGGUGUAGUGGAGAGCCUGAAGAUAAUCACCAAGACCAAGUCGCUCCGCAUUGCGGAAUAUGCCUUCAAGUUGGCGAAUGAAGCCGGCCGCAAGAAAGUGACAGCCGUCCACAAGGCCAACAUCAUGAAGCUGGGUGAUGGUCUCUUCUUGCAGUGCUGCAAAGAGGUGGCAGCUGGCUACCCAAAUAUCACCUUCGAGAAUAUGAUUGUUGACAACACUACUAUGCAGCUGGUGUCCCGUCCUCAGCAGUUUGAUGUCAUGGUCAUGCCUAACCUGUACGGCAACAUUGUCAACAACGUCUGCGCUGGAUUGGUUGGGGGCCCAGGGCUGGUGCCAGGGGCCAAUUUCGGGCGCGACUAUGCAGUUUUUGAAACGGCCACUCGCAAUACGGGCAAAAGCAUUGCGGGCAAGAACAUUGCUAACCCCACAGCCAUGCUGCUUGCCAGCUGCAUGAUGCUGGACCACCUCAAACUGCACAGCUAUGCAUCCGUGAUCCGCAAUGCAGUCCUGGCCUCCAUGGACGACGAGAAUACCCACACGCCUGAUAUUGGAGGUCAAGGCACCACCUCAGAGGCUGUCCAGUCCAUCCUGAAACAGAUACGCAAAUUUGCACCUAACCUGGCACAGGUGGCAUCCUGAAGCCAAAGAGCAGAAAGCAAGCCAUUUCUCUCACUCCAGCUGCAACUACAAGCAGCACUCCUGCUGUAAGAGACUGGAGCAGACGCUUCCAUCCGGAACUGCCCAUCCUUAAACUCCCUUUUCUGUACAUUGUGUGUAAGUUGGCAAUCCCUCGCCUACCUAGAAAAUAAAUGUCAAUGGUCAGGUA